GAUCUUCCGUCGUCAGGCAGGGGCAGCAGCAGCAGCACAAGCCACGGCAGCAGCAGCAGCCAAGGAGCAAUGACGAUCCGCGCUGCCCUCAUCUUCAACAACCACGGCAAGCCGCGGCUGACACGCUUCUACACGCAGCUGCCCGCCGCGCGCCAGCAGGCGCUCCUCUCGCGCAUCUUCACCCUCGUCCACCAGCGCACCGCGGCGUCGUCGAAUCUGUGCAACUUUCUCGAUGCGCCCGAGCUCACCGCGCUCCUGCCGUCGCACCAAGGCCCUACCUCCCAUCAAGGAUCAACAGCAGCAGCAGCAUCAGCAGCAGCAAGCGACAGCCAGCUGCGCGUCAUCUACCGCCACUAUGCCACGCUCUACUUUGUCUUUGUCGUCGAUGCCUCCGAGUCGGAGCUCGGCAUUCUCGACCUGAUCCAAGUCUUUGUCGAGUCGCUCGACCGCGUAUUUGAAAACGUCUGCGAGCUCGACCUCAUCUUCCAUUUCGACGUCGUCCACGCCAUCCUCGACGAGGUCAUCCAGGGCGGCCUCGUCCUCGAGACAAACAUCAACGAAAUCGUCAGCCAGGCCCAGGCGGUGCAGCGCGCCAAGAAGGCGUCGGCCUCGGCAGCCGGCGGCGCGUCGUCAUCGGGCAAGCCCGGAGAGGCCGCCGCAUCCUGGACGCCGCCCGCAGGCCUCGGCGGCUCGCCGUGGGGCGAAGCGGCGGGCGUGGCCGCCAAUGUCGGAGGGUGGGCACGAAGGGAGCUGGGCAAUCGCUUUGGCGGUCGGUAAAAGGCAUUUAUUGCUUCUCUUCAUCAUCACUCUGCACAUCUCAUUCAUUUCUCGUUUCUUGGUGUUGUCAUCCUUCACAUCGCUGUACAAUAGACAUAAAAGCAAUCCACCACAUGGCCUCAGUCUGAGUCGACGACCUCGAGCAGCCCCUGGGAGGUGAUGCGGAUGAGGGCAGGCGGGUGCUGCUGCUGAGGAGGCGUCGUCAGGGGGCCACGGCGGGCAAUCGGCUUGACAAG